AUGAACCAAGCCGAGCCAUGGCCUCCAGCAAAGCUGGCAGACACGCUUGGCAGCGAUGAUUGGCAACUUUCGAUGGCAAGGGCAGGUGUGCCCCGACCUUGCCAAAAUCGCUUCGACUUCCAAGAUACAUGCAAGGACACCGGCAACUCUCCGCCUUUUCGUAUUUGUGGCGAUCACUGGUGCGAUGAGUAUUCUGUUGGGAGUGGGUACUGUCAGGUGUAUCCUCCUGAUGGCGCUUUCUUCGAAGUUGGCAGUGGCUCCAGCGCCCCCUUGAUUGUGGUGGCAUCGCACUGUGCAGCGAAGCGAUCGAGUGCCAACUCGUCUCAGCUCUUCCUCUGUCCGCUUCGGGUCCCCAUUGCCGUAGCCCUGAUGUUGAAAGCCGGUAGCAGCUCAGUCGGCGCCUGGCUCCAUGCCCUGGACUCUUCCUCUCGGCCCGCGGAGUUCUCGCGCCGGCUUUUCGGCGCCUUCAAGGACAACGAGCUGGCCGUCUCCCGGAAGUUCCUUUCCUGGAUCUUUGGGCCGGACGGGCUUGGGGCGUCGUUGACAGCCAGGCUGCGGCCUUCGGCACGACGGGCAUUGGUGAAGCGCUUCUUCUUUGAGACGAGGCCACAGAAGACGGCAUCCAAACUGUUGUUGCCACCGGGAUGGUGCAUGCCUUGCUGUGCUGCGGGUUCAGGACGCUUACCGGUCAUGUUGGUCCGCAGUCCGUACCGACGUGUCCAUUCUUACUUUCGGCACAAAUGGCUGGCGAAUCCGAGCAAGGAGCCACUUACAGGGUGGAAGGAUCUUCCGGAGUUUGUCAGGAAGUUGGCGGAGCACCGCACCUUGAACCGGUCCUUGCCGCCUGUCUUCACGAAGCAGGACCUCUAUCACACACUGUCAUUUCACGACAUCCUGCGAGACAUCCGCUGGUCUGCCGCCGCUCGCGAGGUAAUGCGAUUAAGGAUGUGCGUUCUGCGCCUGGAAGUGCUUCACAUGGACCUAAUCCAUCUGCAUGCAGUGCUCUGCCGUUGGUUUCGCUUCUGCGAGCGCUUGCCGGCCAUCCCAGAGAUUAUUCCGACUGGGUUGCGACCGUACCUACCGGUUCCCUCGCCUCCGUGGGAGACGCUCUGGACGAAGGAUGCAGUGCAGAACAUGCGCCGAUUGUUUUCCUCGGACUUCGAAGAGCUCGGCUACUCCGUCGAUCCGUUGCGGGGUGCUGCUUCCAGCGAAGUGAAGAAUGCCAUCGAGGGGAAGUCGGCCGACGAGAUCGCUGAGCUCCCAGCAGACCAGCUCGCGAAGGUCAAAGAGGCGGUGGGCAAAGGCGGGGAAGGGGUCCUGCGGCAGGCCAUUUCUGUGCAAAGGGAUCGCUUGCGCUUUGUGUUGCGUUUCUUUUCGUGCGAGCCGGGUCUCCUGCUGCAGCUGCCUGCCCUGGGCCGGCUGGCGAUGGAUGUUCUCUACGAUGGGCACUGCACGCUCUUGCUGAACAGGGAAGCUCCCGUUUGCCAUGCAUCUGUGUUCGAGACCGGCAGAGUGCUUCCGGCAGGAUCUGACAAGAGCAACAACGGCCAUCGCUAUGACUCCAUUCCUUUCGCCAACGGCAUGAUCACUUCUGGCAUGAGCUGCCAGUUGAUUCACUACACGCAUGAAGAGCACACUGCAUUCUUCGAGUUGUGCAAGAGCUUCAACUUCAUCAUCGUCCGCUGCAAUCCAGGCCAGAUAAAGGCAGACGGUGGAGAUCAGCAGAAGUUCGACGACGGGAUGCGUGAGAUGCGUAAAGCCGGCAUCCAGGUCUGGCCCUCUCCGGAUGUGAUGGAGAAGAUGGGCGCCAAGGACGCUUUGUGCAAGGUGGCGACUCUGAACAUCGGGCUCGAGGACACCUUGGCUUACUACAGUCCUGACGACUUCGCCGCGGGCUUCAAGAAGACCAUGGCCUUCCAGCCGCGUGUGAUCAAGCAGAACCGCGGCUCCUCCGGCGAGGGCAUCUGGAUCAUCAAGCUGGCCGAGGGCAACUACUGCAAGGAGUACGGUGAGAGGUCCUGCGAGGAUGGCGAGGUCCUGAAGCUGAUGGAGGCGAACGACAACCACGAGGAGACCCACACCGUCGCCGAGUUCAUCGAGUUCUGCGUGAGCGGCCGCUCGGACAAGUCCGGCGAGUGGACCUCCAAGGGCGUCGGAAAGUACCUCGAGGGCGGCAAGGAGGCCGGUGGCCAGCUCGUGGACCAGCGCUUCUGCCCGCGCAUCGUGGAAGGCCGGCUGUUCCCGUUUGCAGAUCUCGGUGAGCUCCGCUACAACCUCAUCGUGGACUCGCUGGUGGGCAUCAUCCACAAGAAGCCCAAGGAGGGCGGCAUCUCCGCCGUGGGCGGCACCGGCUCCAUCUACACUUACUACGGCCCCGAGGAGGUAUCCUUCAAGACGCUGACCGACAACUUCCUGCAGAAGGACCUGCCGAAGGUGAUGCCGUCCCUGGAGCUGGCAGAGGAGCCCGUGCCUCUGUGGUGGACCACGGACUUCAUCUUGGCUUCCCCCGAGGGCACGCCCAAGGAGGAGGAGAAGUGGAUCGUCGGCGAGUUCAACUGCUCCUGCGUGGGCAUCUCGAGGUGCCUGGCCGCCUACUGCAAGGAUGACACCCCCAACGCCUCCUUCGAUGACAUCACGGAGGAGGACAAGGCGGAGGCCAAGAAGUACGGCGACCUCAUGGGCCAGAAGGCUCUUGGCAUCCUCUCCAAGUGA